AUGUCUACAGAGACGAAAUCGAUCUGGGAUCAUGUUCAACCAAUAUCGAUUGAUGCACUCAUCAAAACAUCCGGUUAUCUUCUCAGUUAUCUUGUUUGUCUUUUCCUUGCAUCAAGAUUUCUUCCGAGUAUCGAAGCCAAAAGUCCGAAGAAAACCUAUCAACUAACUGGUCUUCUCAUUUACUUAUUAUUAACAGUUUUAAUACCAAUUGGUUACUACACGAAGAAGCUCUCUCUCUUAGUCAUCGUUGAAAACUAUGUGUCAUUUUUCAUUGUGAUAAAUAUCUUUGCAAUUUUGUUCAGUUUUUAUUUAUUCAAGCGAUCAGCAGCUGUUCGAGCUGCUCCGAAUGCCAAUCGUCCAAUCGAUUAUUGGCACGGUCGAGAAAAAGAUCCCAUGCUCUUCGGAGUCGACCUAAAAGUGUUCUUUUAUCAACCAAGUCUCCUAGGAUUAGCAUUGAUCAAUUUAGCUUUGGCCGAAGCGCAAAUCACAUAUCAUGGCGGCUUAACUCCAGGCAUGAUUUGCUAUCAAUUAUUUUGGUAUUUCUAUCUGUUAACACAUUACAUCCGGGAAGAUUUUAUGCUAUGGACGUUUGACAUUAUCGAAGAUCAUUUCGGAUUUAUGCUUGUUUGGGGUGAUAUGAUUUAUGUUCCGUUUCUUUACAGUAUCGCCGGAUGGUUUGUCGCUGACAAUUAUCGUGAACCCCUGUCAAUCCCGUGGGUGAUUGGUACAUUACUGCUACACUUUACUGGUCAUUACAUAUUUCGCGAAUCGAAUUGGCAAAAGUUUGAUGUGCGAAAAUAUGGUUCGCAAGUGACUAUCUGGGGCAAAAAAGCAGAACUCCUCGAAGGAAAACUUCUCAUCUCAGGCUUUUGGGGCAUUGGCCGACAUUUAAACUACACUGGUGAAAUACUUCUCUAUUUAUCAAUUGCAUUAUGUUCUGGUACAUUAUCAUUUGUGCCUUAUAUCUUACCAUUUUCACUUUUGAUUCUUCUCUCGCAACGUGCUAGUCGCGAUGAUCAACGCUGUCGAAAGAAAUACGGUGAUAAAACAUGGAAUCGUUACUGUAGCAUCGCUAAAUUUCGUAUGAUACCAUUUAUUUACUAA